AUGGGGGUAACAGAAUGGGUUGCCGAGCGCCGGAUGGAGGUGGAUGAAUCACAGAACCAGCGGGAUAAACGGGUCGAGGACCUCUGGAGGCAAUUGGAUCCUAAUGGCUCGGGACAUUUGGACUUCAAGGGGUUGCAGAAGGGGUUGAAGAAGAUCGAUCACCCCAUGAAAAAUGCCGACGACAUGUUGCGGAAAAUCAUGAGCGUCGUCGACACGAACCGCGACGGUAAAAUCCAAUACGAAGAGUUCCGCUACUUUGUCGAGCAGACAGAGACGCAACUGAUGAUUCUGUUCCAGUCCAUAGAUAAGGACAACGAUGGCCGACUCGACAAGACAGAGCUGCAGGAGGCCUUCCGACGGGCUGGGCUUGUUGUGCCGAUGCGCAAGCUCGGUGCCUUCUUUGGCGAUAUGGACAUGAACAACGAUGGCUACAUUAGCUUUGAAGAGUGGCGAGAUUUUCUUUUAUUUAUGCCGACACCAAACAGCCAUGCACCCUUGAAGGCCGUGCUGGAGUAUUAUUCUUCCAUCGUCACCCUCUCUGCUGAAGGUGACUCGAUGGUAUCGGAGGAGACACUUGAGAGCUCAGGUACGACCGGCUUCCUUCUGCAAACCCUCUUUGGAUCCAUUUUGAGGAUCGCAUCCCUUUCUUCGGACCGUGAGCCCGGCGCCACCGACGAGCCCCUCACCGACAUCAACGGUCGACCCGUGGUUGUGGCCGUGCCUUCCCAGGAAGAAGCAGCCUCGCCCCUUCCCGGUCUUGCGCAGCUGCCCGCCUCAACAACGCAGCAACAGCGGCAACCACGGGGUAAUUCAACGCACAACGGCAGCUUCGCUUCUUACACGGAUUCCCCCUCUGCCUCGCAGCAGCAAACACCGUCCACGCGGCCGAUGGUAUCGUCAAUAUCUCCUCCCGGCUAUUCAGGUACCAGCGCCAACAUGAACAAUAUGAACAUGGAGGCAGCGGUGCUGCAGGCGUGCAUCGAGGCCGCAGACGAGAAGCGCGCAGGCAUCCUUCCAAGACUCCCCGGCGUCGGCACCUCUCAAGCGAACCGGGUCACAGGCGAUAGCUCCGAGCAAGGCUCCAGCUCCAGCUCAGAUGCAACUGUAGCACCCAAGACCAAGAGACUGACUGACCUCGCUCCUGAUCCAGGUUACUUCAUUGCGGGUGCCGUCGCCGGAGGACUAUCGCGAACCGCCACCGCUCCCCUCGAUCGACUGAAGGUUUAUCUUCUUGUCAACACUCGAGCGAGCACCGAGACUGCGGCUACUGCCCUCAAGCAGGGACGUCCACUGCUCGCCCUUCGCAAUGCAGUUAGACCCUUCAGUGACGCUGUCAAGGAUCUCUGGAAAGCUGGCGGUAUCAGGAGUCUGUUUGCAGGCAAUGGACUUAACGUCAUCAAGAUCAUGCCUGAGAGUGCCAUCAAGUUUGGAUCGUAUGAGGCCGCGAAGCGAACCCUCUCUAAGCUCGAGGGCCACAACGAUCCCACAAAUAUCAACAGCUACUCAAAAUUUGUUGCGGGCGGCGUCGCUGGCAUGGUUGCUCAGUUCUGUGUAUAUCCGUUGGAUACACUCAAGUUCCGACUCCAGACGUCAACGGUCCAGGGCGGCCUCUCUGGAAAUGCCCUUGUUCUCGACACGGCCAAGAAGAUGUGGCAGGCUGGUGGUGUGCGCAUCGCCUACCGUGGCGUCACAAUGGGUCUGUUGGGCAUGUUCCCCUACAGUGCCAUCGACAUGGGCACGUUCGAGUUUCUCAAAACCUCGUACAAAAAGUACAUGUCGAAAUAUCGUGGCAUCCACGAAGAAGAUGUCAAGCCAGGCAACAUCAUGACUGGCAUCAUUGGGGCCACCAGCGGCGCUUUUGGAGCAUCGGUGGUGUACCCUCUCAAUGUCCUCCGUACUCGUCUCCAAACCCAAGGCACCGUCAUGCACCCUGCAACCUACACAGGCAUCGUAGAUGUUGCACAGCAGACGCUCAAGAACGAGGGCAUGCGGGGCAUGUACAAAGGACUCACACCCAACCUGCUCAAGGUUGCUCCUGCAUUGAGCAUCACCUGGGUUGUGUACGAAAACUCAAAGAGACUCCUCGGGUUGGAGUAA